AUCACUGCUAUCUAAACACGUCGACAUGGAGAAGAUAAACAGAAAAGUAGCACAGUCGCUGUUGACGUUGUGUAGCUAAAUUGGGCGUUUAAAUGUACGUGGCGUUCAACGACACGUGUCAGCUUUUUAAAAUUGAUUCGUAUUUUAAUGAAGUUACAUCUUGAAGGGACAAACUAAUGGUCGUGACAACAUGGAUAGUGGCCUGAGUCCCCAGGAUAAAAAAGAUUUGGACAAGUUUAUUAAGUUCUUUGCCUUGAAGACUGUCCAGGUGAUCGUUCAAGCUCGUCUUGGGGAGAAGAUCUGCACCCGCUCGUCCUCAUCACCUACUGGCUCUGACUGGUUCAAUUUGGCCAUUAAAGACAUUCCAGAGGUGACUCAUGAAGCCAAGAAGGCUCUUGCUGGCCAGCUUCCAGGCAUCGGACGCUCCAUGUGUGUCGAGAUCUCCCUUAAAACGUCAGAGGGUGACUCAAUGGAGUUAGAAACUUGGUGCCUGGAGAUGAAUGAAAAGUGUGAUAAGGACAUCAAGGUGUCAUAUACAGUCUAUAAUCGUCUGUCUGUCCUGCUGAAGUCUCUGCUGGCUAUCACCAGAGUAACACCUGCAUAUAAACUGUCCAGAAAGCAGGGACACGACUACGUCAUAUUAUACAGGAUUUACUUUGGGGAAGUUCAGCUGAAUGGAUUAGGAGAAGGUUUUCAGACGGUGCGCGUCGGCGUUGUCGGUACUCCUGUUGGCACGGUCACGCUUUCGUGUGCUUACCGCACCAACCUGGCAUUCAUGUCCAGCAGGCAGUUUGAGAGGUCGGCUCCCAUCAUGGGGAUCAUAGUGGAUCACUUUGUGGAUCCACCAUGGAACAGCCAGCGUCCUCCCAACAUGGGACAGCCCUGCAACUACAGAGCUCCAGAGGAAGAGGACGGAGGAGCAUUUGCAGGCGUUCAGGAUUCCCAGGAGGUCUGCACCACCUCCUUCUCCACCUCCCCUCCCUCUCAGUGUGUGUGCACACUGAGUCCUUCGCCUUCUAAACAGUCUAAGCCCGUCCCCCUGGACAGCCUGCAGCUCCCAUUGGCUCCUGGACUUGUCACUCACACUCUGUAUACUUCCAGGUUAUCAUACCAGCCUUCAGCCCUGGCAGGAGCUGCUGAGCUUUGUCAGGCUGCAGCCAAUCAAAACCAGAUUUUGCAUGCUGGGAAAGAGGGCGGGGUUGUGUUGGCGCCUGCUCAGCCCGCUCACGGACCUGAUGCCCAUCUGACAGUAGAACACGCCCCCAACACACCUGGCAGCAGCGGUGACGAUGACGGCCUGUCGCAGAGCGCCGAAGGGAGGAGGAGCGUUUCUCCCUCUGACCCCGUGGAGUCUCUCAACGCGUUCACGAGGAAAAUCGGCGCCUUCGUGAACAAACCCAGCGCACAGAUAACAGCAGCCAAUCUGGACCUGCCAUUCGCUGCAUUUGCUCCCCGAGGCCUGGACUCAGAGGAGAACGAUCCGAUGGUGCAGCCUCCUGACUCUCCUCCCUGCCCGUCACCCCUGCAGGCCAGCCUCCAUUCUCAGGGCUCAGAGGGAUCGGGGCCGCAGGACGACUUUGUCAUGGUUGACUUUCGUCCAGCCUUCUCCAAGGACGACUUGCUGCCGAUGGAUCUUGGCACUUUCUACAGAGAGUUUCAAAACCCUCCUCAGCUGGCCAGCCUGUCACUGCACAUCAGCUCCCAGUCGAUGGCCGACGACUUGGACUCGCUGCCAGAGAAACUGGCCGUUUAUGAGAAAAACAUCGAUGAGUUUGACGCAUUCGUGGACAUGCUCCAGUAGAGGAGGAGUGAAGGAAAGGGCUGCAAGGAGAGAAGGACUACAUGUGAGGAAAGACUAAGUGGAUGACGACGAAUGACGCAGCCAGGAGGCUCUGUAGAUGUUUGUUCUGUGAGAAUCACUGACUAAAUCACCAUGUUUUAAUGUGAAGUUCCACGUUUCUGACAUUUCCUUUCUGCUCCGCACGUUCACCUCCCUUACCAGCUUGUACAGGUCAUCCUCUCUACUGUAAAUACUGUAUUACCCCACCCCACACUCAUUCACACUAACGUGGCACAAGCCUGCUCUCAUCAUCGUUGUUUAAUCAGCAAAUCGUCAUCAACGAUCAUGAGGUUUUCUUUCACUUUAGACGGCCAUGACAGCCCGCCUGCACUCAUUAUGGUUGCUUCACUGUCCCUCCCUGCUUAUCAGUGCUUUCCUCCAAAGGGUUCCUCUACAUCUUAACAUUUCUGACCAUAUCUGAGCUAAAGGUGAAAGGGCAAAGAUCCGGCUCUUGAAAUCAAACAAAUCGACUUCGGGAAAGGAUUUUUCUUCCAAACUGAAGCUAAACUAAAGCUGGUCUCCGCGAAUAAAUUGCAAUUAACCCUCCGGCGGUCAUCGUCAUUCAGAAAUACGCAGCUGAGUGUUCAGUAAAGUGCUCGAAGGCGACGUGAAAGUGACAGGCCUCUCCCUAGUCAGGUGUUUCCCAGCUGGUCUGGAGAUUUUAAUUGCCAACUUCAAUGUUAGCAAAUGGCCCGAGUUAAGUUUAAAGUGAAUUCAUCGCUGUCCUUGUGUACACAGAAAACACUUUUUUUUUCCAUGCUGAAGAAGCUUGUCGUGGAGCUGCACUCAGCUGGCAGUUUGAUACACUUAGCUGAAACAUAGGAAGUUCUGCAGGAAGUUUUACCUUUGUGAAGGUGUUUUAAAUGUCAUUUUGGAGGCUUUAAUUUGGAGUGCUGUGUCUGAUCCCCUUAUGAAGGGAGACACUUCAACUGCACCCUCCAAAACUGAACAGAAAUCCCUUUCGGGUCACCUUCGUGAAGGCAGGAUUUGCAGCUGGCAACUGAGUGGAUUUACUGUAGGCUGAACAUGCAUAUGUAUAUUUUGGGCUUUUAUCUACAGGACAUGCCAGGGUCACCAUCCAUAACUUUGUUUGGUUGAAAGCUUUAAUUUAAACUUUUCAUUGUUGGUCUAGAUGUCCUAAUAAAGCAUGGCUGCUCUGUUCAAACAACA